AUGACGAUGAGUUUACUAUCUUCUGUUAAAGAGAAAUUCUCUUCAAACUUACAAAAACAAGAUAAAAAGAAUAAAAAUAAAAAUAAGAAUAAACAAAAGAAUAAAGCCAUGAGUAAAAGUUCAAUGGAUAACAGUGAAGCAAUUGAUGAGAUAUUACGUAAAGAAGCAUUUGAGUUGGGUGCUGAUGAAAAAGAUCUCGAAUUGAUUAAAGAUUUGAAACCUGAAGAUGACGAUUUAAGUGAACAAGAAUUCGGUGACAGUGAUCAUGGUGACAACGAUGAUGCAAAAAGUGGUUCUGUCGAUAAUAAAUUAAAUGACGAUCUACAAUCCUUUAUGAAACAAAUAGGUUUCGACAAAAACACUACUGAUCAAGCUACAAAUGUGGCUGAUGAGGAUAUUCAAGAGGAACUUGAAAAAGAGGAAGAAGUACCAGAACUUGUCAAAGAAGAAGAAGAAGAAGAAGAAGAAGAUGAUGAUGAUGAUAAUGAUGGUGAAACACAAAAUAAUUCCGAAUCUAUUGAUUUUUCAAACAAUACAAAUGAAUCAGAUGACAAAAAAGGUGCAAAACUUAGUUCUACAUCAAAGCAAAAGAAAGAAACAAAAAAUGAAAAUCAAAAAACAAAACAAGAAAAGAAAGAUGAUGGAUUAAUUACUGAUACCAACAUAUUAUCCUCUAAUAAAUUACUUAUCCCCAACACAACUCAAUGGUAUAACGUACCGAUAGAUCCACAAGUUAUGGAAAAUAUAAAAUCUGAUGACAUCGAACUGAAUAAAGAUCAGAUAGCCACUUUGUAUGAAAGAGGGAAAAGUGCUUUAGAAGCUGACAACACCCUUUACUAUGAAGAAUUUUCUAAGGACUCAUCUCAAAAAAAAUUCAUGUCUCAAAUCUUGACAAGUGGUACACUUAAUGAUAAGAUCUCUGCAUUAACUUUAUUGAUCCAAGAUUCUCCAAUUCAUAAUAUGAAAUCUUUAGAAACUUUAUUAACGUUUUGUAAUAAAAAAUCUAGAAAUUCUCAAUUACAAAGUUUAAAUGCCUUGAAAGAUUUAUUCCUUAAUGGAUUAUUACCAGACAGAAAAUUAAGAUAUUUUAAAAAUCAACCUGGUUUAUCAAUGAUGUUAAAUAAAAGAACUUUGGCUCUCUUUUAUUUUGAAGAUUAUUUGAAAAGAUUCUUUUUCAAAAUAUUGGAAAUUUUGGAGAAACUGUCUCAUGAUCCAAUUAUCCACGUUAGAAUGUCCACUUUAACUCAUGUAUUCGAUUUUCUAAUUAACAAACCUGAACAGGAAUUCAACUUAUUGAGAUUAGGUGUUAAUAAACUAGGUGAUAUCGAUUCUAAGGUCUCUUCAAAGGCUUCUUAUUUAUUGUUAAACCUACAACAAAAUCAUCCAAAUAUGAAAAGCAUUAUUAUCGAUGCCAUUGUGGAUGUAGCUUUAAGAUCUGGUGCUGAUUAUCAUACUACAUAUUAUUCUGUAAUUACAUUAAAUCAAACUAUUCUAAAGAGAACAGAAGAUGACAUUGCAAAUAAAUUGGUGAAAACAUAUUUUACUUUAUUUGAAAAGUUCUUAAUAUCCACUGAUAAAGAUAACCAGAAAGAUUCAGCUGAUGCAAUUAAAAGUAAUGCAAAGGGCUAUGAAAAUAAGAGGAAGAAAAAUUUUAAAAGAGGUAAGAAUGGUGGUAGAUCUAUUAAAGAAGAAAAAACUGAAGCUGAAAAGAUAAAUGAAAAGAAUUCAAAAUUGUUCAGUUCCUUGUUGACAGGUAUUAACCGUGCAUUCCCAUUUGCACAAAUUCCUGCAUCUGUUUAUGAAUUACAUAUGGAAACAUUAUACAAAAUUACACAUUCCUCCAAUUUUAACACUUCUGUUCAAGCAUUAGUACUAAUCAAUCAAGUUACUGUCAAAGCUGGUUUGAAUAAUGAUAGAUAUUAUAAAACAUUGUAUGAAUCCUUAUUAGAUCCAAGAUUAGUAAAUUCAUCCAAACAAGGUAUUUAUUUGAAUUUAUUAUAUAAAUCUUUAAAGAAUGAUGCCAAAAAUGCGGAACGUGUAGAAGCUUUCGUUAAGAGAAUUUUACAAGUAGCUGUUCAUUGGAUUAACAUUGGUACAAUUACUGGGUUCUUCUUCCUAUUAUUACAAUUAGUCAAAUCCAUUCCACAAAUUAAAAACUUAUUAAUAAACUCUCCAUCAGAUGACAAAUAUCAAUCGGACAACGAUGAAGAUAAUGAUUCUGGAAAGAAGGAAGAUGAUUCUACUACAAAAAGGGUCUACGAUAGCCGUAAACGUGACCCUAAGUUUGCAAAUGCAGACAAGUCAUCAUUAUGGGAAAUUACUCACUUCCUACAUCAUUUCCAUCCAACUGUCCAAGCAUAUGCAACUGCCUUUGUAGAUGAUAAAGGCGAGGAAAUGAGUAAACCAGACUUAGGCCUAUUUACUUUGGCACAUUUCCUAGACAGAUUUGUUUAUAGAAAUGCUAAACAAAAACCCGUUUCUAGAGGUUCAUCUAUUAUGCAACCUUUAUUUGGUGGUUCUGAAUUAAAUAACAAUAUCUUGGUUAAAGCAUCUGAUUUAAAACAUAACAGUGUUCCAGUAAAUACAGAAAAUUGGCUGAACAAAAAAGUAGAAGAUAUUAACCCGGAAGACAAAUUCUUCCAUCAAUAUUUCUCUAGUAAGAAGAGUGCAGUCAGAAUUCAAAAAGAAAAGAAGGCAAGAAGCUUUGAUAGUGACGAUGAAAUGGAUGAAGAUGAAAUCUGGGAUGCUUUAGUGAAAUCUAAACCAGAUGUAGAAGAUGACUCAGAUGAUGGAAUUGAAUUUAGUACUGAAGAUUUCAGUUCAGAUGAAAGUUCAGAAAACGAAGAUGAAGGGUCAGAUAUUGCGGGAAGUGAUGAUGAAACUAAUGAAGAAGAUGAUAUCGAAUUUAGCGCUUUGGAUGGAGUUGAUGGCAUAAAGGAAGAUACUGAUGAUUCCUCUAGUGAAAAUGAAAUAUCUAACAACAAGAGACAUCAUGAUGAUAGCGAUUCUGAAUCACAUAAAAAAUCCAAGAAACAAAAGAAGAAAGCCUUACCAGUAUUUGCUUCUGCAGAUGAUUAUUCAGAAUAUUUAAAAAGUGAUUCUGAGUAA